AUGGCGACGGAAGAAUCGGAAAUUUCAAUGCAUUCUUCGGCAGAUCAAUUCCAACUCCUGUUAAUGCAGCAACAGAAACAGAUGGAGGCUCAACUGAAACUAAUUGAAUCACUGACGCAGCGGCUCAACCUGCAAACAACAGAAUCAGUUUCACGUGAAAUCUCCUCUAGCGCUACCGAAAUGCUUGCAAAUUCCAUCACUGAAUUAAGCUAUGAUCCUGAAACUGGUCACAUAUUUGAAGCGUGCUUCAAACGUUGGGAAGAUGUGUUCCGAAUAGAUUUCAUUUGUGAAGAUGAUGCAUGGAAAGUGCGCCUACGGUCCGAAAACUUGGAACUACUGAACACUCCAGAUUUGUUGACCAAAACAACUAAGAGAUUUGAAAUUUGA